UACGUGGCCGGCGGAAGUGUUUGCGUGGAACUGCCAUCAGACCAGGGCUGGUUUUGUGUCCCCGCCGGCACCGUCAUGCUGAAGAAAUUCGACAAGAAAGACGAGGAAUCGGGUGGAGGCUCCAACCCAUUCCAGCACCUCGAGAAGAGUGCAGUACUCCAGGAGGCCCGUGUAUUUAAUGAAACUCCCAUCAACCCUCGGAAAUGUGCCCACAUUCUCACCAAGAUCCUUUAUCUCAUAAACCAGGGAGAGCACCUGGGGACCACUGAAGCAACUGAGGCCUUUUUUGCCAUGACCAAGCUCUUUCAGUCCAAUGAUCCCACCCUUCGUCGGAUGUGCUACUUGACCAUCAAGGAGAUGUCUUGCAUUGCCGAGGAUGUCAUCAUUGUCACCAGUAGCUUGACAAAGGACAUGACUGGGAAAGAAGACAACUACCGGGGACCAGCCGUGCGAGCCCUCUGCCAGAUCACUGAUAGCACCAUGCUGCAGGCUAUUGAGCGCUACAUGAAACAGGCUAUCGUGGACAAGGUGCCCAGUGUCUCCAGUUCUGCCCUGGUGUCUUCCCUGCACCUGUUGAAGUGCAGCUUUGACGUGGUCAAGCGCUGGGUGAAUGAGGCCCAGGAGGCGGCAUCCAGUGAUAACAUCAUGGUCCAGUACCAUGCACUGGGGCUCCUAUACCAUGUACGUAGGAAUGACCGCCUGGCUGUCAAUAAGAUGAUUAGCAAGUUCACUCGGCAUGGCCUCAAGUCUCCCUUUGCCUACUGCAUGAUGAUUCGGGUGGCCAGCAAGCAGCUGGAAGAGGAAGACAGCAGCCAUGACAGCCCACUGUUUGACUUCAUCGAGAGCUGCUUGCGCAACAAGCAUGAGAUGGUGGUCUACGAGGCCGCCUCAGCCAUUGUCAAUCUUCCAGGCUGCAGUGCCAAAGAGCUGGCCCCAGCUGUGUCAGUGCUCCAGCUUUUCUGCAGCUCACCCAAGGCCGCUCUCCGCUAUGCUGCUGUCCGCACCCUCAAUAAGGUUGCCAUGAAGCAUCCAUCAGCAGUGACAGCCUGUAAUCUGGACCUAGAGAACCUGGUCACAGAUUCAAAUCGCAGCAUUGCCACGUUGGCCAUCACCACCCUCCUCAAGACUGGCAGUGAAAGCAGCAUUGAUCGCCUCAUGAAGCAGAUCUCCUCUUUUAUGUCAGAGAUCUCAGAUGAAUUCAAGGUGGUGGUUGUCCAGGCCAUCAGUGCCCUAUGUCAGAAGUAUCCUCGAAAACACGCUGUCCUCAUGAACUUUCUGUUUACCAUGCUGCGGGAAGAGGGUGGCUUUGAGUAUAAGCGGGCCAUUGUGGACUGCAUCAUCAGCAUCAUUGAGGAGAACUCAGAGAGCAAGGAGACAGGACUGUCACACCUAUGCGAAUUCAUUGAGGACUGCGAAUUCACUGUGUUGGCCACCCGCAUCCUGCAUCUUCUGGGCCAGGAGGGACCCAAGACCAACAAUCCUUCCAAGUACAUUCGCUUUAUCUAUAACCGAGUGGUCUUGGAGCAUGAGGAAGUCCGAGCAGGCCAUUUGGAUACAGAAGCUGAGAACCCUGACAUUGUGGCCAGAUCCUGGGGCCUCACCAUAGUUAAUGCUGAAAAUGGCUGCUGGAACCCAAAUUGGGGCAGCCUUCUCUAUGAAAUAGGUGCUGUGAGUGCUCUAGCCAAGUUUGGAGCCCAGAAUGAAGAGAUGUUACCCAGUAUCUUGGUGUUGCUGAAGAGGUGUGUGAUGGAUGAUGACAAUGAAGUCAGGGACCGAGCCACCUUCUAUCUCAAUGUCCUGGAGCAGAAGCAGAAGGCCCUCAAUGCAGGCUAUAUUCUAAAUGGAUUGACUGUGUCCAUCCCUGGUUUGGAGAGGGCUCUACAGCAGUAUACUCUAGAACCAUCAGAAAAACCUUUUGACCUCAAGUCUGUGCCUCUCGCCACCACACCCAUGGCAGAGCAAAGAACAGAAAGCACCCCCAUCACAGCAGCUAAGCAGCCUGAGAAAGUGGCAGCUACCCGGCAGGAGAUCUUCCAGGAGCAGUUGGCAGCAGUGCCAGAGUUCAAUGGGUUGGGGCCCCUCUUCAAGUCCUCGCCUGAGCCUGUGGCCCUCACUGAGUCUGAAACAGAGUAUGUCAUCCACUGCACCAAACACACCUUCACUGACCACAUGGUGUUCCAGUUUGACUGUACAAACACACUCAACGACCAGACUUUGGAGAAUGUCACAGUGCAGAUGGAGCCCACUGAGAGCUAUGAGGUACUCUGUUAUGUGCCUGCCUGGAGCCUACCCUACAACCAGCCUGGGACCUGCUACACGCUGGUGGCACUGCCCAAGGAAGACCCCACAGCUGUGGCUUGCACGUUCAGCUGCAUGAUGAAGUUCACUGUCAAGGACUGUGACCCCACAACUGGGGAGACUGAUGAUGAAGGCUAUGAGGAUGAAUAUGUGCUGGAAGAUCUGGAAGUCACUAUAGCUGAUCACAUCCAAAAGGUCAUGAAGCUGAACUUUGAAGCAGCCUGGGAUGAGGUAGGAGAUGAGUUUGAGAAGGAGGAAACGUUCACCUUGUCUACUACCAAGACACUUGAAGAGGCUGUGGGAAAUAUUGUGAAAUUCCUGGGAAUGCACCCUUGUGAGAGGUCAGACAAAGUACCAGAUAACAAGAACACCCACACAUUACUCCUGGCCGGUGUGUUCCGGGGUGGUCAUGACAUCCUGGUGCGCUCCCGGCUGCUGCUUUUGGACACAGUUACGAUGCAGGUGACAGCCAGAAGCUCAGAGGAGCUGCCAGUAGACAUCAUCUUGGCAUCUGUUGGCUGAAUCUAGCCUGCAUAGGCCCUGCUCCUACCCUUUCCCCCCAACUCUAACAGAAGUUGUACCUUCCUCACAUACCCAGUGGAAACUCCUUCCUAAGCCUCUGUAUUCAAAAACAAUUAUGAAUCAUUGAGGGAUUUUUUUUUUUUUUUUUAAUUUUACAUUUGCCCCAGGACUGUUAGGGGGUAACUUUAUUAUUAUUUUUUAAAGGAUCAUUUUAGCUUAUCCUAGAACUUGCUGCCCUGACUGCCAGGGAAGGACAUCACAAAUUAAUAAAAUGCUUGUAUCUUGGUAUAGUUUUAUGUUUCUUGUGUAUUGAAUGACAUUAAACAUCUUCUUAAGUGUGAA